AUGUUAGGAGAUGAUAAAGUUCCGAAAAUGCUGCAAAGAACCCUGGCCCAGCUGUCCCUGAGCAGCAUGAAGUCUGCCAGUGUCUGCAUCGGCCGCCCCAUCUUGCUCACCUCUGCUGGGGGGCGACAGGAGGUGUGUACUGCUUGGCCCAUCACAGGUUUUUCAGGUGGCAAAGUUGGGCUGAGUGAAACCACUCGGAAGAACCUGAAAGUAAAUGCAGGUGAUGACGUGAUUGUGCAGCCUGUGACCGGUGCAGUCAUCCAGGCAGAAGAAAUCCAUGUAAAGCUGAGGGACAGAGAUGCCACCGUUAAUGCCGAGGAAAUGUCUGUCUGUCUACUCAGAAAUCUAGAUGGGAAAGUAGUUUUACCAGGGAACCUAUUGGCUUUCAGUUUCUAUGGCAGGCUUUGUAACAUCGUGGUGAUCAAAGUGAAAGGCACGGACGGUGUGGAGCUGACUGCCCAGGGCAAUGCCACUUCCAGUGAUACGCAUGAGCCAGACCUGCAAACGCCUGAUUUGGAGACCAGUUCGUUAGAUUUGUCUUUGCAGCUUAGCAAGAUGAAUAUGGAUGACAGUCUAGAGAUUUUAUCCACGAGCACGCCGAGCAAACCGGUGGAUCCGAAUUCACCAGUUACACCCAUCUCUGCUGUGGCAGCUAGUGGUCAAGACUCUGGUCGGGGAGAUAAAACGUACAGUGAGGGAAAUGGUGCAGACUUCUCCGUGAACGGUUUUGAGUUGACUGGGAAAGGAAGCAGUGAGGGACUCCCACUAACUGGCAAAACUGGAGCAAUAAGCAGUACAGAUGUUUUUUAUUUUAUUUCUUCAAGAACUAGAAUCAGUUUUAUUGAAGCAAGGACCAAUGUGGCUGAAGACGGUGAUUGUCAAUCCCGAGUCACCUAUGAUAUGAUAGGAGGCUUAAGCAGCCAGCUCAAAACUAUCAGAGAAACAGUUGAACUGCCCUUGAAGCAAGCUGAACUGUUCAAGAGUUACGGAAUCCCUCCUCCUAGAGGAGUGCUCUUGUAUGGCCCGCCAGGUACUGGGAAGACUAUGAUUGCCAAAGCCAUUGCAAAUGAGGUUGGAGCUCAUGUUACUGUUAUUAACGGUCCUGAAAUACUAAGCAAGUUUUAUGGGGAGUCUGAAUCAAGAUUACGUCAGAUAUUUGCUGAAGCUUCUCUGCGUCGCCCCUCCAUUAUAUUUAUAGAUGAGCUGGAUGCUCUCUGCCCAAAAAGAGAAGGGGCUCAGAGUGAAUUUGAAAAGAGAGUUGUUGCUUCAUUGCUGACAUUAAUGGAUGGCAUUGGCUCAGAAGGCAGCGAAGGGCAGCUCUUGGUACUUGGAGCCACGAACCGUCCUCACGCGCUGGAUGCGGCACUGCGCAGACCUGGGCGUUUUGAUAAGGAGAUAGAAAUUGGAAUUCCUAAUGCCCAAGACCGUCUGGACAUACUCCAAAAGCUUCUCAAGAGAGUUCCCCAUUCGCUCACAGCAGCGGAGUUGGCGCAGCUGGCUGAGAGCACCCAUGGUUAUGUGGGCGCAGACUUGGCGGCCUUGUGCAAGGAAGCAG